ACAAAGAAAAAACAAAUUCCAAAAUGGAUAUUUCCAUAGUUAUGAUAAGGAAUUCAUUUCUACUUAUCUCUUGCUUUGUCUUCUUCAGCUUAGGAUUCUUAGAAGCUCAAAAGACUCCAGCUAUUUAUGUGUUUGGAGAUUCACUUGUUGAUGUUGGCAACAAUAAUCACUUGACUCUUUCUCUUGUAAAGGCAAUUCUUCCUUACUAUGGCAUUGAUUUUCCAACUAAGAAACCAACUGGGAGGUUUAGCAAUGGCAAAAAUGCUGCUGAUUUGAUUGCUGAAAAAAUAGGUCUUGCCACGUCACCACCUUACCUCUCCUUAGUAUCUAAAAUCAAUUUCAACAAGAAGAAUGUAUCAUUCUUGCAUGGUGUUAACUUUGCAUCUGGAGGUGCUGGAAUAUUUAAUGGCACAGAUCCAACUAUUAGACAGUCAAUAUCUUUGACAAAGCAAGUGGACUAUUAUUCACAAGUGCAUGAAAAAUUGACACAACAAACAGAAGCAUCUACACUUCAGAAACACCUCUCAAAAUCCAUAUUUGCUAUAGUGAUUGGAAGCAAUGAUAUAUUUGGUUACUAUAACUCAAUGGAUCUUCAAAAGAAAAAUACUCCACAACAAUAUGUGGAUUCCAUGACUUCCUCACUAAAAAUACAAUUACAGAGACUAUAUAACAAUGGUGCUAGGAAAUUUGAGAUUGUUGGAGUUGGUCCAAUUGGAUGCUGCCCAAUAAGCAGGCUCAAGAACAAAACAGAAUGUUUUUCACAAACCAAUUUAUUGUCAAUUAAAUAUAAUAAAGGGCUUCAAUCCAUGUUGAAGGAAUGGAAAUUGGAGAACAAGGACUUAAUAAGUUACUCAUAUUUUGAUAGUUUUGCUGCCCUACAAGACAUCAUUCAGAAUUCAAUUUCUUACGGAUUUAAAGACGUGAAAGAUGCUUGUUGUGGACUUGGUGAGCUGAAUGCUCAAUUUUUUUGUACACCAGUUUCAAGCCUUUGUGCCAAUAGACAAGACCAUAUUUUUUGGGAUCCAGUCCAUCCUACUGAGGCAGCCAUGCGUAUCUUUGUUGAUAGACUUUACAAUGGACCUUCAAAAUACACAUUUCCUAUUAAUAUGGAACAACUAGUAGCUAUUUGAAUGGUCAAAUAUUAAACUAGUCUCUUCAAUUUUUACUUUUUUGCUGUUAUUUGUUAACAAUUGAAAAUAAUUUGGAAAAAAUUAGUUUAUGCAGUUGUUUUAGGAUACUCUAAGAAGAAGAAAAAACCGAAAAUUGAAAUAGAAAAACAAAACACAAUUGUAGUGCAACCCAGUAGAAGGAGAAUGUAUCUUUUAAGAGUAUGAAAUUAUGCAUCUGUUUUAUGUAAACUAAUUAGUAUGAUACUCGUGUAAAUUAAUUCAUACUCAUAAAAAUUUUAUAUAAAAAAAUUAUUUUAAAUUGAA